AUGCCAAAGCUUAUUAGUUCAACUGAAUUUUACGAACAAAGUGCACAAUUCUGUCAAUUUACUUAUCGUGAUGCUAAAUAUUUUCUUGUUCAGAAACUUGUUUGUAUUGGAAUUUUUAAAGCUUUACCUGUUUUUCCAAAACUUGAUGUCAAAGAUCAAUUAGUUAUUUUGGAAUAUGUUGAACAUGCAGUAUUAUUGCUUUGCAGUUGCUUUGUUUCAUAUGAAUUAAAAUCUCGUACUAUGAUAGGAAAAGAUGGGUUUUAUCUAAUGGCUGCUUUCACUGAUCAAUUUAGUUUUAAAGAUGAUAAAACGUAA